AUGAACCCACUUUUUGCCGGCGCUGUUGGGCUCCGUGUGAGGUGCACUGCCAAACUAUUUGUUAUUCGUCGGUCUCUCUCCACGUACUUGGAACCACGUGCAUACUGUAGCACUGGAGUCGGUGGUUGUACCGCCGGUGCUUGUGGCGGUACUAACAAAGAUUGUCUUUCCUUUGUACUUGAAGAUAAUUUGACAGAGAAAUCGUUGCCAUUGUUCCACUCAUACCGUGCGGCAGGCACGGGCACUGCGUCAAAAAUUGCAGUGAUAACGGACGUUACAGCUUUCAAUAAUGUCCUCCAAGGCGUAUUUAAAAGUGAUGGGGAGGGCGUAAAUGGCGUUCUUUGUGAUUUGGAAGGUGCUUGGCGACACCAACUCGACGAGAUUGCCCAGAAGGUUAUUGCGAAGCACCGUGUUGAUGACUACAUUGACAACCUAUAUCUACCGUUACUGCGCUACUUGAUUGUUAUAUUACUAAUUGUGCAGUUCAUUGUACUCUUCCGCUGGGUUUUUGUCGUUUUUGACUGGAAUCUUGUGGAGCCCAUGACUUACUUCAUAGCUUACACCGCUGUAUGGGUUGGUUUGGUGUUUCAUUGUUAUUCCGUUCGGGGCCUCUCCCUGGAGACGCUACUAGCGGAGAGGCGGCGCCAGGUGUUAUACAAGAGGGCUCGGAUCGAUGGGGCAGCCAUUGAUCGUCAGAUGAAACUCCUUGGAGGAAUGGAGAAACUACUUGCUCGCUACGGAAAGGUGUAG